CCCUGCAGCCUCGCACUUCACAGGUAAUUCCUUCCUUCCUUCUGUUGCCUCCUAUUCAAUUGAGUCCAGGUUUGCUGGUUUAAUUGCCAUUUGCAAAUUACCAGCGCCUUCCCCCGGAUUACCAGCCCCGUAUCCGUAUCUUUUUGCUAUCCCAAGUUCUAACCAAGAGCCGUCCCAACUCGGUCAGCCAUCUAGACUCGGUCAACCCCUACACACUCGACUCGAUUCCCCUUCCGCUGUUCUCUUUCGGUUUCGUCCCACGGUACCUCUACAAUGUCGUCCAGCACCAUGUCGAACGACUUCCCGGAACUUGGCGGCGCCCCCAGGGCCGUGGCCAACGUGGCACCCGUCUGGCUGGCGCGGACUCCUGAGGCUUCUGCACCGACCUCUGCCCCGGCCUCCGGUACCACCACGCCUGCCCCCGAGGCGUCGGCGGCCCCGAGCCUCUCCAUUCCGGGCCAACACAAGGAGUACCUUCUCCUGAAGCCGGACGACAUCCUUCCCCGCGAGCAAUUGAAGCGUCCGCUCCCCGACAUCAUCAAGGACUUCAACCGCAAGUCCCGUGCCCAGAUCAAGCUCGUUCCCCAUACCGAAAACAUGCUCAGGAUUGAGGCAACCGGGCCCAAGGGCGACAGCACCACCCAAUCGCUGAAGGACUUUGUGGCCUUGAUCGGCGCCAAGUUGAAGCUGGAGCUGGACGUUCAUCGCUGGGCGAGACCCCAUAUCAUUGGCAAGGGCGGAUCCACCAUCAAGGCCAUUCAGGAAAAGACAGGCGCUCGGAUUCAUGUGCCCAAGGAAGACGGCCAGCCGGCCCCCGAGGGUGAAGACGAUGACGAGCUCAUCAAGGUCGUCGUCGAGGGCAACACCCAGCAGGCCGCCCACGCCCGGAACCUCAUCUACGAGAUCAUGGGUGAGCGCGCUGGCACCGUCAACCUCCCGAUGAAGGAAGUCCCCGCCGAAUUCUACCCCUUUAUCGGCGGCGCAAACAACGGCGACGUCAAGGCGAUCGAGCAGGAAUACAAUGUUCAGAUCCGCAUUCCUGCUGCACAACCUUUCUCAUCCACCCCGCCUGUCGCGGUCUCCUCGGGGCGCCCCAAUUUCCUUGCCGCGGCCGACAACUUCAUCCAGCUGCGCGGCGAGCGCUAUGCCGCGAGAGCUGCGCGGACGAAGAUCGAGGAGAGAGUCCAGGAGCUCCGGGACCAAUUGACGGUCCAGCUGGUUCACAUCCAACCUGGCCGUCACCAAUUCAUCAUCGGAGAGAAGGGCAUCUCGAUGGAUCAAUUUUUCGAGGAGACGGGAUGCACCAUUGUGAUGCCGAACGAUGAAGACGAUGACAUGGUCAAGGUCAUCGGGCCCUCCAACCAGGCCGCGGCCGGCGUGCAGAAAACAGUCAGCCUCGCCAUGGAUAUGCAAUGCUCCAACAUUGACAUCUCGCGCUUCUAUCGCCAAGCCGCUGGCGGCGCUGCCGUUCACGCCCGCAAUGUCACACGCUAUCUCCAGCAGAAGCGCGAGCUUGAGCGGGUGGGCAACUUGCAUAACGUGCAUUUUAACACCCCGUUCUCGGAGCAAGGCGCUUUGCCAUGGGAGCUCUAUGCUCGUGAUGGUGCGAACAUUGUUAGGGCCCAGGCCGACAUCAAGGCCAUGGUUGAUGGUCACCCCCCGGCACGAAUGGCUACCGUGGCCGUCGAUCCUUUUUACCACCAGUACAUCAGGAAGGACUUGCUGCCCUACGUGCGACAGAAUUUCGGUGUCCACCUGGUUGUUCCGGAGGCUUCGGAGCCGAACGCCCCUGUUUUGUUGGUAUACGAAGGCUCCUCGGACCCUGACUCGUACCAGAUCGCACGGGAUCAGCCGGCGAAGAAAGACAUUAGCGAAAUGCAGAAGGGGCUCCAAGAUGCCCAAAAACAUAUUCUCGGCCUGAUGAACCAACGGGAACCUAUCUCCUCCCAAACCAUCGAGGUACCAGUAAAAUUCCACACCAAGCUCCAGAAGUUCAUCAAGAACGAGCAAGACAGCGCCUCCAACCCCAUCCGGGCUCGUGUGUCCAACAGCGGCGAAUCCGUCCAUAUCCGUGGUCCCAGCUCUGUUGUAGACUGGCUUGUCGCCAAGUGCCUCGAGUUCGUUGAGCAAGAGAAGCAGGACGAGAAGGAGCGUGGCUUCAUUCUGGAGUUCGAAUUCCCCCAAAAGUUUGCCAACCACUUGAUCGGCAAGGGCGGCAGUAACAUUCGGGAGCUCAGGGAAAAGUUCGACGUGGAGAUCCAGGUGGACGAUGGUAAGGUCCAGCUUAAAGGCCCCAAGGCCAAGGCGGAGGCUGCGAGAACGCACAUCAAUGCUCUUGCUCGCCAGUUGCAGGAUGAGGCAACGCAUGUGCUCAAGAUUGACCCCAAGUUCCACCGCGAGAUUAUUGGUGCGCAGGGGAACCAGGUCAACAAGCUGCAAACACGUUACAAGGUUCUCAUCUUCUUCCCCCGCAGCAACACCAAGAACGCCAAGGACGACGACUCCCUCGGCGACUCGGCGAGCGAUGCAGGGAAAAGCCGCCGUCAGCAGGCGGCCGACGAGGUCAUCAUCCGCGGGCCGAAGCGGGGUGCUGACGAAGCUCGUGACGAGUUGCUGUCGCUCCUGCAGUACCUUAAGGACACCUCAUUUACCGCCACCGUGACUGUCCAGAAGAAGCAAGUGCCUUCUUUGAUCGGUGCCGGCGGCGCGGUCUUGGAGCAGCUGCGCCAAUCGACGGGCGCCAAGAUUGACGUCCCCAGCGCGAAGGAGUCUACCGAGGACCAGGCCGAGAUCCAGAUCAAGGGUACCAAGGCGCAGGUCGCGGCGGCCAAAAAGAUCCUGGAGGAGAAGAAGGCCGUCUUUGACGACACUGUGGUCAAGAAGAUCGAAGUCCCUCGGAAGUACCACAGGACUCUCAUCGGCACUGGUGGCUCUACUCUCCGUGACAUCGUUGUCAAGGCUGGCGGCUCCAGUGACCAGCGAGAGCUAGCGCGCACCAUCCAGUUCCCGAAGCAGGACGCUGACGGUGAUGCUAUCAAAGUUGAGGGCCGCAGUGAAGUUGUGGACAAGAUCGUGGCCCGGAUCGAAGCCAUCGUGGCGGAGCGCGAGAGCCAGGUCUCCGAGGAGCUGGACGUGGCCGUCGAGAAGCACAGGUCCAUCGUCGGGCGCGGCGGCGAGACCAAGCGGAAUAUUGAGACCCAGUUCAAAGUCUCGAUCGACGUUCCCCGUCAAGGCAGUGGUACUACGAGCGUGAAGAUUACCGGCCAGCCGGCUGAUGUCGAGAAGGCGAAGGCUCAUCUUGAGGAGAUGGUCAAGGAACAGCCGGGCGAAACCGUCCAAGUUCCCCGGGCCCUCCACCACGUCGUCUCCAACAACGGCCAGAUUUUCCGCAAGUUCAGGAGCGACUUCGGCGUAACGGUCGACCACGCUGGCGAAACCGUCCCCGCCAAACCCACGGCCCCGAAAAAUGCUCGUGCGAAUGGCGACUCGCUUCCCUUGAUCACCGACGACGACGAUACCACUGCCGACGCCCACUCUUGGAACGUGGUGGAUCAGUCAUCCACCGAGGAGGGUGACAUCCCUUGGGUCAUCCGCGGCUCGCCUGAAAACAUCGAGAAGGCUAAGAAGGCUAUCCAGUCGGCGCUCGAUCAGGCGAGCAACCAAAACGCCAUCGGCUACUUGGUUCUGCCCGACCCCAAGACAUACCGUUUUGUCAUUGGCCAGGGCGGCAGCAAGGUCAACUCGAUUCGCAAGCAGAGCGGGUGCAAGAUCACGGUCCCUCGCGACCAGACGCAGGGCGAUGCGAUCGAGGUCGUCGGCACCAAGGAGGGCGUGGAGAAGGCCAAGGAGUUAAUCCUGGCUGCUGUGAGGGAGGGCAGCGCCCCGCGGCCGCCGCGCGAGUAGGACUCGCGUGGCCGACUUGAUAUGGGAGGAAGAGAUACCACAUCUAGUUUUGUUUACCGGAAUGUACGAGUGGCAUAAUUGAGGAAGCAGGGGGGCGGAUACAGGAAAAGCCAAAAAGGGAUACAGCAUGGAGCAGGCAUAGCCAUUAUAUAUUAUCAAGUUUGAUUCUACUCAGUCAAUUUUCCCUUCCCG